UGUUUCACAGCGUCUUUGGUAGUUAUUGAAACUCGCGACCGGCUGUAACGUGAAAACGAAAUGGCAGGCGUGCUAUUCCGAUGCUUCUUCUUGUGCAUAUUCGUAUCAGUGAUCGCCUCAUCAUUGGCGUACCAAAAAGACAGGGUUCGACUGUCCGAAGUUCAAGUGUUCACUGCUCAGCGAGGUCAUUUCACGAAUGCUCGCCGAGUCACUCCCAUACCCCAAAUGAACUGCGUUGGUGGUUCUGCGGGUUGCUCGUUGGCACCGAAUACGAUGCAAUGCUACAACCGCGGUUGGGAUGGUCGUUCCAUGCAAUGGGAAUGCAAGGCUGACUUGGAUGAAAGUGUGAAGUUCGGCUCUUUGAAUGUGCUCUGCGAAGGAUAUGAUCAUCCUGGAGACGAUUACGUCCUUUCUGGAUCCUGUGGGGUGGAAUUCACUUUGGAACCCACUGGGAAGAGCAGGGGCGAUUAUAGUUCACGAUCCUACGAUUCUGGCUUCGAANUAUACAGUAUCAAGUUGUAUCCAGUAGCGCUGUACGAGUAUGCUACUGUUGUUACGGGCAUGCUGCACGAGACCCUACGUGGAAGUAUCAGUGACUCGUAUCGUCGCAUCAUUCUGUGGUACAAGUGCCCGAAAGUUUUACCUACAUAUUGCGUCAUUCAUUUGAGCUUCGAAUCAUGGAUGGAGUCUCGUCCGUCGUUGCGUUAUUACACUUACUUGGGACCGGUGUGGCAGGCAGGAUCUUUCCGCUACAUGGCUUCGGUACAAGUUGACACUAUUUGGCAGUUGCUUCAAAACGUCACUAACUCGGGUAGUUCUGUGCAACUGAUGAAGUUUUUAUUAAUUUUUGUAGCGUACCAAAAAGACAGGGUUCGACUGUCCGAAGUUCAAGUGUUCACUGCUCAGCGAGGUCAUUUCACGAAUGCUCGCCGAGUCACUCCCAUACCCCAAAUGAACUGCGUUGGUGGUUCUGCGGGUUGCUCGUUGGCACCGAAUACGAUGCAAUGCUACAACCGCGGUUGGGAUGGUCGUUCCAUGCAAUGGGAAUGCAAGGCUGACUUGGAUGAAAGUGUGAAGUUCGGCUCUUUGAAUGUGCUCUGCGAAGGAUAUGAUCAUCCUGGAGACGAUUACGUCCUUUCUGGAUCCUGUGGGGUGGAAUUCACUUUGGAACCCACUGGGAAGAGCAGGGGCGAUUAUAGUUCACGAUCCUACGAUUCUGGCUUCGAAUAUUCGAAAUCCUCGCAUAAAUCCACGUGGAUUGAAAUCAUUCUGUUCUAUGCGGUAAUCGGAAUUCUGAUCUACGCCGUAUACGUCAUUUUUUUCCGUGGCCCGAUUGAUGAGAAUGCAUACAGAUCAGAUUUACGAGGCCCUGUCGUUUUCAAAGUUGAAGCUUUAUCGGACAAUUAUCCAGGAGAAGCGUUGCAAAUGCAGUCGAACAUCGUCAGGUCGAACUUCAAUAGAUCAACGGACAAUUUCGAGUUAGCGAGUUCCACAGGUGGAGAUUAUCCUCCGGGAGAUGACCGGAGAACUGGUCGCGCUCCUCCUCCUGGAUUCAGGCCGGAAUUCGGAUCUAGUGAUUACAAUGCCGGAUUAGGAGGCGCGUCAUGCGGAGGUCCGUCUGGAUCGAGGUCUUUUGCAUCCAAUUUGGGUGGUUUUUGGAGUGGUGCAGCCACUGGUGGCAUGUUGGGCUACAUGUUCGGAUCUCGAAAUCGUGGCUACGAGUCCCCGUUGUCUGGAAGAAGUAACUACGCACCAUCAGCACCACCGACGUAUCGACGAACCAGCAGUUCCCCGGGCAUUUCCGGAAGUGGGUCGACUCGUUCCGCGUCUGGUUUCGGAGGCACAAGCAUAAUCGUGCAUGCUGUCGUAGGGAUGGAAAAACGCAAAAUGCUCCGUCCUGUAGUCUUCGGGAAUAAUGCUGGAGAAGGACACGUCGAACAAGUCAGCAGAGCGUGGGUCAAAGUAUCGAAAGUUUUCUGCAAAUGGAGGCAUGAAGUUGGUGGACGCGGGAAUCCCAGGAUCACUACAUUCCUCGUGAUGCUGAUGACGAAGGAUUUCGUGCAUUUGCGCUGA